ACGGCGUCACAUCGAUCAAGAACUUGACCCAGAUCUACAUCCAAGCUUACAAGUGGAUUGACGAUAGUUCGGAGAUUGCCCUAGCAAAGGAUCAAAUUAAGCGGGCCAACUUCCACCGCGCCAGAGCCGCGAGCCGUCAUGUCAAACCCAUUCGAGGUGCUCAAGGUGGAAGGCGAGGGUGCCGGAACUCCCUCAGCUUCGGCUUUCGAGGAAAAGGUGGCAGACGAGGAGCAGGUAGAUUGGCUCAGGGUAGUCAAACCAGCCAAGAGCGAUGUGCACGUCCGGGUCACAGAGCCGUUUUCUAACAUGGACCACUUGCCCAGCAAUUGUAGUUUGAUGGCGGUGUCGAAUGUAUGGGACCUGGUUUUUAUCGGGACGUCGAGGCCGGAACUGCUCGUAUUUGCAUUGAGCGCAAUCUGCAAACUCAGCGAGAGCCCAGAAAACACGGGCAAGGCUAGUCCUAAGCUGACGGUCGCUCUGCCCGGUCGACCUCAAUGGAUCCGACUAGCUAUGGGUGAUAAGCGACUGCUAGUAGGGUGCCUGGACGAUGCUGGGGUGGUGCUCUUCGAUAUCAAGCAGCUCCUAGAGGGUUCGUCAGCGCCCGUUCAAAGGUACUCGGACGUUCCUUCUCCCCUGGUCAACCUCCUUCCCAAUCCAUCUCUCCUUGGCGGACUCCCUCACCUCGCCCUGGCCCUCUCACUCGACGCCCUUCAGAUCCUAGACCUCGACACCCAACUCAAGACGCUCACUUCGAUCAAGGAAGCGUUUACCUGCAUCGCCUGGUCCGUCAAAGGUCGACAGUUCGUCGUAGGGAAGCAGGAUGGGACGUUGCAGCAGUACGCACCGGAUGGUUCGCCCAAGGCGAGUGUGCCGCUGCCGGAUGGAUUGCGGGAACAAGGUCUGGGCCCAGGAGCGGGUUACAGGGCGACCAGCAUCAGUUGGAUCGAGAACGAUGUCUUUCUCCUGACCUAUGGACGAGAAGGGGAUGACCCGGAACACCGACAUUACCUCAUCCACCGUCAACCCAAAACAGACCCUUCGAGGUUCACAUUCGUACAAUUUCAGGAUAUCAUGGGUCCUUGGGGGAUGAUGGAUCGACGAGGAGAUUUCCGGCAUACAGCGCAUAUCAAAGGAUGGGGAGACGAGGUCAAACACCUGGUCUUCCUCUCUACGCCGCCCUCGGCGGAUAUCGCCGUCCUGUACACAGAUACCUUGGGGGACGGGCAACAGGCGCCAGAGUGGAAAGUCGCCCUGCUAGACGAAACGGCUAGACCGGCUGUACCGAUGAACGAGGAGAAUGAGGAUACCACAUGUCUAGGCUUGGAGGUGGAUCUGACGAGUACCACGCCGAUCAAGCAGGAGCCCGAGGGCGGGGAAUCGAGACCGGAUCUACCUGCCGCACCGAGAUUGAUGGAGUAUACCAACGAUGGGGUGGUGGUCAUCUACGAUAUCCUGAACAGCAAACGGCCGGAGUUUCCGGGCAUGGUCAAGCCGGAAGAUCUAUCCAAGGCGGAAUCAUCUACUUCGGGCUCAGUACAGCAAUCGGCGAAUGUAGCCGGGGAGGUACCAGCUCCGGCCGUCAAAUCCAAGCUUGGGGCCAGUGCGUUCGGAACACCAGGAUCGAGUGGGAAUGCAGGUUCGAAACCGGCUUUCGGAUUCGGACAGGCUCCGACCAAGCUCCCUGCCUUCGGUGCUGGGUUCGGAGGAAGCGGCUCGGCGUUCGGAUCGACGAAACCUUCUACUCCUGCGUUUGGGUCAGGGUCGGCUUUCGGAUCGCAAUCACAAGGAGGUUCGGGAGCUAGUACGCCAGCGCCUGCCUUUGGGAGCUCUGGAUUCGGAGGUGCGGGCACGGGUUCGGGUAGUACGACACCUGCCUUUGGUUCAACGACGCCUGCAUUUGGAUCGACCACGCCCGCCUUUGGGUCCAAGACGCCUGCUUUCGGUUCUGCUACGCCUGCUUUCGGGUCCUCCGCGUUUGGUAGUUCGACGACGCCCACAACAGCAACUCCUGGCCCGGCUUUCGGUACAGCCAAGUCCGCGUUCGGGUCGACAUCGUUCGGACAGCCGAGUUCGGGGUCAGCUUUCGGAGCAUCAAGCGCUUUUGGACAGGGUGGCGCGUUUGGCUCACCGAAGACAACCAGUACCGCCGAUGAAGAAAAUGCGAACGGGACGUCGGAGCAACCCAAAAAAUCGGCCUUUGGUUCGACCGCGACCUCGGCCUUCGGGUCGAGUUCAGCUUUCGGAUCGUCCAGCGCUUUCGGUCAAAAGCCGACAACAGGCACCACUGGCACGCCAUCAAAACCGUCGUCGUUAACUUCGCCCUUCGGGGCCAACCCGUUCGGUACCAAGACGCCCGCCGAGACCACGGGCAACGCGGGAGCCUCGAAGCCGCCUGCGUUUGGUAGUUCGCCAUUUGCCGCAAGCUCGCCAGGUCAACCGAACACAUUUGGUGGCAAGAGCACUUCAUUCGGAUUCGGAUCUCUGUCGAAAUCUCCUGCGAGCAGUCCGACGACGGAUACUAAGCCGGCUUUCGGGUCCACAUCGGUUUCCAAACCAGCCUUCGGCGCAUCGAGCUUUGGCAGCUCGACAGGAUCACCGGCUCCUUCAAAGAAUGCUUUCGGGUCGAGCGCCUUUGGAUCAUCAUCCGGCUUUGCCCCCAAGUCGACACAGGAGCUUCCCAAACCUUCUGCGUUCGGUCAAAGCGCUGCGUUCGGAGGGUUUGCGGCGGCUAAGCCGUCUCCCCUCAGUCAGUCGGCGUCCAGCAGUGCGACGCCAGCGAAAGAGAAGAAGACAGACGCGUUUUCUUUUGGCGGUUUCGGCUUGGAAGACAAGAAGGAGGACGAAAAGAAGGUGGAAGUAAAGGAGGAGGCAAAAAAAUCACCUGAGGUGACUGGUUUCUCCUUGGGCGAUCUGGACAAUGGCCUUGACGAGGUGCAAAACAAAGCCCCCUUGCCCACUCCGAUCGACGAAAAGAAGGAGGAAGAAACACCCGGAAAGACUGAGGAGUUCGCGACGGUCACCAAGGCAAAGCCUGCGCCUGAGGCCGCGUCAAAGUCUUCUCCAGAGGAUGAUGUGCAAGAGGUGGCUGUACCAAAGGAGAUUGAGGACAGCAAGGACGAGGUCGAGACACCGACCCCAGCUCCUUCGGUACCAAAGGCUCAGACUGCACUCGGGUUUGGCCGGCCGCCUAGCCAGUUAGGCAAAACAUUCAGUUUCGCGAAGCCUACCGACCAACCCAGCGCGACUUUCAGCUUUGCGAAACCGCCCGUCCAAGACAAGCAACCUAGCAGUGACAUUCCUGCUCAUCCGUCGAGUUCGACCAGCAGCAGCUUCAGCGGCGAGAUUAUCAAGAAGACCGAUAUUCCACCUCUCGACGGUACAGAGGACGAUCGAAAAUCGGACGGCGGGUCCGUCGAGCAAGACGACGAGCAAGAGUAUGACGAGGACGAGGUCUAUUCCGAUGAAGAGGACGGCGAGCUCGUCGAGCAGGAAGACGAGGACGAUUGUGAGCAACAUGAUGAGGAUGAUAACGAGGAGAGCCUGGAUGAUUACGAUGAAGACGACGAGGAGGCUACUGAGGAGGAUGAGCGCCGACCUGCCUCUCCCGCAAAGCGGCAACGCAUGACCAGCGAAAGUGAAGCCAAGCCCGAGCACUCUGACAAGACCAACUUCGGUCACGCUCGGACCCCGUCGGGAACCCACGUACGAGAGGCGGCCCAAGAAUGGGAGAACAAGACGAAGCGUGCCGAUAUCGCACCACCUUCCUUCUUCCAGUCAGUCGGCAAGCCUCACAGCCCAGCUUCGCAGCGAAACGAAACAUCUUGGCCCGUCGCCCCGCCGCAGUCACUACCCGAGCCUACCACACCGACCAUCCCCGUUAUCCGCGCCACUUUGUCCGAUACCCCUGUCAGGCCGAAUGCUAGGCAAGUAACGAAGGCAGCAGUCUCGCCUGCUUCGGGCUUGGCAGCCCAGUUUGCGCUCGUCUACAAUGAAGUCGAGAAGCAGCUGCACGAGCUUCGCUUGCAAGCCGAAGAAAAUGCUGCAUAUCAUAGCGCUCUCUCGAAAGCUCCGACAGAGAUCCCUAGCCGUGAGGACAUCGCUUUGGCAGAGUUCUGGUACUUUGGUGUCCUCGAUACUCUGGCAUCGUACACCAAAGAGAUCGCGCAAGCAGCCAGCGAGGCGAGGCAACAAGGCGCUGGACUCAACCAGGGGAUCAAGGACAUGGUAGCGGGUCUGCACAAGAUCCGUCAACGAUCGGAUGAUUGCGCUCGAUACCUCAAGGCUUUCAACGACCCGGAGCUACGAAGAGCCCUUCGACAGAGACCCCUCUCUAGUCAACAGACCGACGAGCAAAAGGAUCUGCGUAGGGCCGUGAGGAGCGCGAGAGAGAACCUCUUCAGAGCGGAAAUUCAACUGGCUUCGAUGAAACGUAGGGUGGAGCAGUCCCAAACCGUAGGUUCAAGCGGUCCAUCGUCCGUCGAAGACGUCACCAAAGAGAUUCAAUCCCUCGAAAUCGGUCUCAGGGAACGUCAAGACGACCUGGACUCGCUGUCCCGGCGUAUCGACUCGCUCGCCUUGCAAAAGACCCAAACCGACCUGUCUAAACAAGGCACACGUGCCCGGCCAUUAUCUAGCCUGUCGGGAGCUGACGAACCGGUCAAGCUGGUCAGCGAGGCCAUGAACGCUGAACUGGAUGGAGAUCUGUUGCUACGCGCCGUCAAGGCGAACAGGGCGGAGUUGAGCAUGGUCCCGAGACCCGUCGGGAAGGAGAAUAUGGAAACGAGCAAAGCCGGGAAAGUUGCGGAAGGCAAGGGUAAAUUUAUCGGUACCAAGGUGGAGCUGAGACGACCGAGGACGAGAAAGGACGGACUUGGGCAGGUCGGGGUUCCGCCGGUCGUUGUUCCUUCCGCUUCGACCUCGACGUCGACCCCUCAAGCGAGCUCGUCAACUUUCGCGCUUAAACCCAACCCAACCACUUCCUUGUUCUCCCGUCUUUCCCCAGGUCCGGGUUUGGGUCACAGCCCCAGUCCGGUACAGAGCUCGAAGAAACCGGCGUUCACCUUGCCAACCACCGCCAGUUCCGCUUCACCCUCACCCGCUCCUGCCUUUGCCUUUUCGACGUCGACCGGAUCACAACAAGCACCCCAAUCUAAACCGACGAUGCAAGGCUUCGAUUUCGGACUCAAACCUUCGACCGAGGGAUUGAACAGCCGGGCGGGGUAUAGACCGCUGAACAAGCAUCAGAGGGAAAAGGUCGAGGCUGGGGCUGGGGCGGUAAAGAAGGUUGCGGCGGGAGCUGGGACGAAGGAAAGUUCAGCAGGAGCGGGUGCUGGAGCUGGAGCGGCGGGAACCAGUGGAGGUAUGGGAGGAGGGUUUGGAUCCAAUUUCUUCGCGAUGCCACCGACCGCUACGAAACCAGGAGCUCCGGGAGCGACGAAUCCGGAAGUACCGAAAUUCAAUUUUGGAUUCGGGGCGGCUAAGAAAUGAGGCGGAUAUGUUCUGAGCUGUCCAUCUUUUGCCCCAUUAUGUGGUACUGUAUAAACGGGGGGACGAGGUAGAGUGUAACGAGUGAUCCUUAUGAACAGACGGAUUUAUGAGAUACGAUGUACGAUAACGAAAUCUACGUAUAGAAGUCUCGUUAUCAUAGUCAAUCGAGAAUUCUGAAACCCGAAACCUUGAUUAUUCGAUUUCCCGCGCCA